UCAUAGUCUGUGGUUGGGAGCCUGAUGCUCAGAACAUCCAUCCCUCCAGUAUCCGCACUGCUUGUCCUAAUAAGAGUUGGAGGUACAUCAAAAACAGAGGCUGGUUUUGUAUAUUUGCUCUUUUCAGGUCAAAAGAUGAGUGACAUCCAUUUAGGUCCAGGAUGGACGGAUUACAUAGCCGAUAAAUAGCCUACAGAGCUGUAACCUUUUACCAUACAACAUUCAUCUAUGUUUACAUGUCAACACCUGACUCACUCAUAAAUGUCAUCACUCAAAUUUAGAAAUGAUUUUGUUUUCUCAACGCUUGUCAUCAAGCUAAUUAUGGAUUCAUAAGGUAGGAGUGAACCACCUUGACCCUGCAGCAGACACAGAAUGUGAGAGUUUAAUGUGACGCGAAGCUCAUGAGGGCGAGUGGGAGUGUGGAGACGCUGGGUGAAGCACUAUAUGAGGCACCGCGAGCCAAGAAACAAAAGGGAAAAGGCCUUUCUGUAUCUUAUCUCUGGCUGUUGUUCUCCCAGAGAGCAGCGGUUUUAUCUCGCUGCUUGUAAUUGGUUCCCUGGCUCUUUUUAUUUGGUAUUGAUCUCAGAUGGAAUGAAACCGAGCCGCAGCCGCUCUGUGACGCCGCUGAUCCAUGAAAAUACAACAGCGCUGACUGAUACCACGGGGUCAGAUAAACAGAAAAUGACGAAGCGCUGGCACCUGUUUCCCCCAGAGGACACGGCAAACCUCUACCCGACCAGGAUCCCCUACGAGGAGUCCAGUGUCUUCAGCCGCGUGGAUGUGCUCCGCCCAGAGCUGGGGCGGUUCCCUGCCUUUCGCCGGGCCAGGCCUCACGUCGUCACCCUGCAGCCGGGACAGGUGCUCUAUGUCCCCAGGCAUUGGUGGCACUAUGUCCAAUCAGUGGAUCCCAUUACUGUCAGCGUCAACUCCUGGAUUGAGUUGGAAGACGAUGACGUGGCAAGAGUUAGUGAAGCUGUGACCAAGGCCGUUGUCUGCGCCAUAAAAAGUGCUCAAAGCGAUGACGACACCGACGACUGGCUCAACCCGACUGAGGAAGGAGUAACAUCCCAUAAUGAGAACAUUCAGUACCUGAACCUGGCAGUGGGGGCAUGCGCCCAAAGACGCAGCAGCCUCUGCCACGUCAGGCAGCGAAAGGCUCGUCCCGUGAAGCGAGGCGCCACCGGGUCACUCCGGAACGACGGGGACCAAGUGGACCGUUCAACCUUCAGCGUUCCCUUUGGGCCAAGUCUCAUCCCCGUGUGUCAGCGAGAGGAUUGGCCAGAACCCGGGUCAGCGGCCGCAGAGGAGCCGGUGAAACCUCGCGGGACUGCAGAGGACCGUGUGCUCAUCUCUGGUUCUGCUCCGGGAACGGACCCGCCGCCUGCUGAACGCAGCGCUGGUUCUGCUCCAGGAAGGGACCGCCGGCACGCAGUAACGACCGACGACCUUCUGGACUGCCUGCUGCAUCCUGACGUCAUGAGCCGCGUCACGGAGCUGUUACUGGAACGGCACGCGGGAAGUCCCAGGAGCACGUCGCCGCCGUAGCCUCCCAACGCAGCCGUGAACUCAGGUUCACGUAACGCAAAGCUUGUUGGGCCCGGUCCACCACAGGAACCAGGACGAGAGUCAAGAAGCUGAGGCAGACUGAACAAUUUAAUCUUUCAACAGCAUAAAACAUUUCAGCAUCAUCUAUUUACAGAUUUUCAUACAGAACUAACAUAAUGUAGAUUUUUCCCUGAAUAAAGAGAUUGGAUCAGGUUAUUAAA